UGCUGUAGUACUCAGUCUGUCCCACUGAGCUGUCAACGCACAGCAAUCUUACACUCUGCCUCUGUUGCGACAACAUUUUUCUAUUCAACCUAGUCCAUUUUUCUCUUCAACGACGUUUUCCUUCAGAUAACAUCGACUUUAGUCUCACAAUGACUCGAAGGUGAUCUUCAGAGUGUCCAGGUGGUUCUGGGGUUCCAGGUUGGUGUGGUGCGAGAGCAAGCUAACUGCGGGGAGGAGGACCGCCUGGGGCAUCGCGUCCCUGGCUCUCAAGUGACUAAGGAAGGGGCUUGGCAAACUGUUCUGCAGCAUGGAGAAGGAAGACUUGAAGGUCCUCAACAAAGGGGAAGAGGAGGAGAUGGAGCUGCAGGGCUACCGUCUGUGUCGUUGGCGGCUGGCCCUGGUGGGCCUCGGCGUGCUGUGUACAGGGGGCUUCCUCCUCCUGCUGCUCUACUGGAUGCCAGAGUGGUGCGUUAAAUCCACCUGCACCCGUACCACAGCCCGUGAUGCCGAAGUGGUAUUGCUGCGCUCCACGGACGAGUUCCGGCGCUGGUUCCUGGCCAGAGUGCGAGUGAUGCUGGCCCCGGGGAGCAACCCCUUCCACAGCCUGGAGACCCAGACCACCUCCCCCUCCUCCCCUUCCUCUCCCUCCUUUCCCUUCUCCUCCUCUUCUCUGGCCAACGGACAUACCCCCCACCCCACCGAUGGCAGCCCCGCUCAGGAGCUCAUCAGAAGAUAUGCCGACUACCAGCCCACACAGAUUCGCUAUUUUACCUUCCAUAGCACAAAGUAUUAUUGGAAUGACGAAGUGCAGAACUUUGAAGUUUUAACCGGCCUGGAGGAUCUUCAGGUCAGCUGCUCCGCCCUCCACUCGGAGCACAGCGCAGGCCUGACCAGGAACCAGCAGGAGUACAGGAGACUGUUCUUCGGUGUGAAUGAAAUUGCAGUGAAAGUGCCUUCUGUUUUCAAGCUGCUUAUCAAAGAGGUCCUCAACCCUUUCUACAUCUUCCAGCUCUUCAGUGUGAUCCUGUGGAGUGCCGAUGAGUAUUACUAUUAUGCUGUGGCCAUUCUUUUCAUGUCGGUCAUAUCCAUAGCUACCUCUCUGUACACCAUCAAAAAGCAAUACGUCAUGCUUCACGAUAUGGUGGCAGCUCACAGUAUUGUCCGUGUGUCUGUAUGCCGAGCCAACAAUGAUAUCGACGAAAUCUUGUCAACUGAUCUGGUGCCCGGUGAUGUGAUGGUCAUCCCGAGCAAUGGGACCAUCAUGCCAUGUGACGCUGUGCUGGUCAGCGGCACCUGUAUCGUCAAUGAAAGCAUGCUCACAGGUGAGAGCGUUCCUGUAACAAAGACCAACCUCCCCAACCCAUUGCCUGGGGAGAGGGGGGAGGAGGCUGACAGUGCCUACAACACUGAGGAGCAUAAGAGACACACACUCUUCUGUGGCACCCAAGUCAUCCAGACCCGCUUCUACACAGGCGAACUGGUCAAAGCUGUGGUGGUCCGCACAGGUUUCAGCACAGCCAAAGGCCAGCUGGUGCGCUCCAUCCUUUAUCCAAAACCCACCGACUUCAAGCUGUACCGUGAUGCCUACCUCUUCCUGCUGUGUCUGGUGGCUGUGGCUGGAAUUGGUUUUGUCUACUCCAUCGUCCUCAGCGUCAUGAAUGAGGUGCCAGCGAAGACCAUCAUCAUUGAGUCUCUGGAUAUCAUCACCAUCACUGUUCCACCGGCGCUGCCAGCUGCCAUGACGGCUGGCAUUGUGUACGCCCAGCGCCGCCUCAAACACCUUGGCAUUUUCUGUAUCAGCCCACAGAGGAUCAAUAUCUGCGGUCAAAUCAAUCUGGUCUGCUUUGACAAGACUGGAACUCUGACAGAAGAUGGAUUAGACCUGUGGGGAGUCCAGAGGGUUGAGAAUGGCAGUUUCCACCUGUCAGAGGAAAACGCAUACAAAGAAAAUCUUGUCAAGUCCCAGUUUGUGGCUUGUAUGGCCACCUGCCACUCUCUCACCAAAAUAGAUGGCCAGCUGUCUGGAGACCCACUGGACCUAAAAAUGUUUGAAGCUACAGGCUGGAUCUUAGAAGAGGCCACUGAGGAGGAAACAUCUCUGCACAACCGUAUCAUGCCCACUGUGGUUCGACCCCCAAAACAGCUGUUGCCCCCCGAAACUGCUGCAUCAACAGAGCAGGACAUGGAACUAUAUGAGAUUUCUUCAGCGUAUGAAAUAGGUAUCGUGCGCCAGUUUCCCUUCUCCUCAGCACUCCAGAGGAUGUGUGUGGUGGCUCGUCUGCUCGGGGAGAAACGUAUGGAUGCCUACACGAAGGGAGCACCAGAGGUGGUGGCAAGCCUCUGCAAGAAGGAUACAGUGCCAGAAAACUUUGCAGAGGUUUUGGAGGGCUACACCAAGCAGGGUUUCAGGGUCAUAGCUCUGGCUCAUCGCAGACUUGAAUCCAAAAUGACUUGGCACAAAGUCCAGAACAUCAACAGGGAUCACAUAGAGGCAAACAUGGAGUUCCUAGGUCUGAUCAUCAUGCAGAACAAGCUUAAGGCAGAAACCCCAGGAGUGCUGCAGGACCUCCGCCGAGCCAACAUCCGCACUGUUAUGGUUACUGGUGACAACAUGCUGACAGCUAUCUCUGUGGCCCGAGACUGUGGAAUGAUCCCCCCCAAAGACACAGUCAUCAUUGCUGCUGAUGCCCCUCCCUCCCUUGAUGGACAAGCUGCCAAGAUCACCUGGAGAUACGCUGACAGGCCGAACAAGACAUCUCGCCUGGAGGAAGUAAACAUCAGUCUGGAGGACGUGUGUCAUGUAGAUGAGCCCGAAACACAAGAGCUGUAUCACUUUGCUAUGAGAAAGUCAUUUGCUGUCAUCACCGAGCAUUUCCCUGACAUGCUCCAAAAGUUGGUGCUACAUGGCACAGUGUUUGCCAGAAUGGCCCCGGACCAGAAAACCCAGCUCAUUGAGGCACUGCAGGGCGUAGACUACUUUGUGGGGAUGUGUGGAGAUGGCGCAAACGAUUGUGGGGCUCUGAAGAGGGCUCAUGGUGGCAUCUCUCUGUCAGAGCUCGAGGCCUCAGUAGCAUCUCCCUUCACCUCAAGGACCCCCAACAUCUCCUGUGUCCCCAGCCUCAUCAGAGAGGGGCGUGCUGCUCUCAUCACCUCCUUUUGUGUGUUCAAGUUCAUGGCCCUCUACAGCAUCAUCCAGUACAUCAGUGUCACUUUACUCUACUCUAUCCUCAGUAACCUUGGAGACUUCCAGUUCCUCUUCAUUGAUAUUGCCAUCAUCCUUCUUAUUGUCUUUACCAUGAGUCUGAACCCAGCUUGGAAAGAACUAGUGUCACGUCGUCCCCCAUCAGGUCUGAUCUCAGGGCCUCUGCUGUUCUCUGUGCUGACCCAGAUCCUCAUCUGCUUGGGCUUCCAGACCAUCACAUUCCUUUGGGUCCGACAGCAGCCCUGGUACUCAGUCUGGACGCCACUUACAGAUGCCUGCAACCAGUCAUCACAUAUUAAUGUGUCUGACCACAAUGACACAGAAGUAGACGACCACAACAUCCAAAACUACGAGAACACCAGCCUCUUUUAUGUCUCCUGCUUCCAGUAUCUCAUCGUUGCCAUUGUUUUCUCAAAGGGCAAACCCUUCAGGCAGCCUAGCUACAAGAAUUGGCCUUUUGUGCUUUCUGCCUUGAGUUUGUAUUUUUUCCUGCUGUUCAUCAUGUUCCACCCUAUCAAAGACAUUGAUGAGUUUCUCGAGAUUGUUUGUGUCCCGUUUGAGUGGAGGCUAAAACUCUUUCUCAUCAUCUUUGUCAAUUCUGCUGUGUCUGUUUUGGUGGAGACCUUCAUCCUUGACAUCGUCUUAUGGAAGCUUGUGUUCAGCCGAGACAAACAGGGCAGCUUUGGCAUCACUCCUGUCGCCCCGACACCACAGGGGUUCAUUGACCUGCGGGCGUACAAGUGUCUGUCCUGGCUGUGCUGCCCAAGCAAGACGACACCCAAGGCUCGCUAUAUGCAUCUGGCCCAGGAGCUAAGUGUCGACCCUGACUGGCCUCCAAAGCCAACCACCACCACUGAGGCUAAGACCCGCCCAGAAAAUGGCUCAACCUAUCAAAUCAUGACCAACUCCUAGCACCCCCCCGAGCCCCUCACAGUGUCUAAAUCUGUACCUUUUAAACAGGACGCGUGCAUAUGACGCGUUCAUUGAACAAACAUUCGACCCAUACAGAUAGAACUGUCACAGGAUAAUUGCUUGUCGUUACGUUUCGCAGAGACUUGCAUCAAUACUGUAGUUCCAGAGUAGUUGCUGCAAAGCCUUAGGAUAACAUAUGAGAACCAAAUAAAGUGAAGUUUCAGUUCUCUCAGCACUCUCACUAUCUCUGGCUCAACCACUCGUGCGCUCAGAGGGCUCACUUGAAGAAAAAAACUUUUGUCAUGAAAAAAAUUUAACAUUAAAUUUAAUUCUCAUUCUUUAUUGUAAUGUCUAUUCCCCAAAGCCGAGCAGCAUAUAACCCAGGCUGGGAGGAGAGGGUGAUAAGCCAGAUCAAAUAUAAGCAUUGACCUCCUCAGAUUUAAAGUCAGUGCAGUUUUAAUCCUUUCACUUUGUCUAUGUGAAAGGGGUAUAAAAGAGAGCCCGCUCUACUUCAGAGCUAGUUUCUGACAGACGUGCUCUCAGAAAUGUCAUGUAAGAGCAUCUUCAAAUUUCAUUCAAAACCACAGUACUAGAUGUCAAUUUCAGAUGAAGUAAAAUAGCCUAAUAUUACAUCUGAGCCUUUCAGAAUGAUCACUAAAAGAAAAAAGUACAAUAUAGGAUGAAAAUGCUGCUAGCCUAGAAGAGGGGUCGUACCCACUCUUAAUUCAAUGAUGAGUAAGAUAGAGUCUGGACGAGACUGAGAUGAGAUUAUACUCAACAACUCUGUAAAAGCUGAUCAUACAGUUUUUAAAAGCAUCAAGUCAUAUUCCUGCAGUCACCGCCUCACUUUUCAGACAGUAACUCGUUUCACAGAUCUAACCUGAUAGCUACUAUGUAGUGGUCUGAUACCGCUAAUUUAUAUAUAUUUAUAUGCAGAGAGAGACUGAGAGAGAGUCAUUUUAACGAGUUAGCAGUACCAUCUGGUAAGAAUUUAUUAGAGAGCAUAGAGUCAUAACCAAAAAGAAAAGCUUUAAAUUUUACCUUGGGCCCCUGGGGAUGAAUGAAAUUACUAAUUUGAUGCUGGUAUUCAUAUAGUGUUUCAAGCAUACUGUGAGUUGUAGAAGACUGGGAGGCUUCAAUCAACUUGUUCACAGCAGACAGAAGUUCAUGUUCACAUUUGCAAGAAAACACAAAAAAUAAGUUAAUUGGCUGUAAAGAGCCGAUGAUACAGGUCUGAACAGGUAAUGGGGCAUUUCCAUAUUUUGUAAGAUUUAGAAAUGGUGCAUAAGCCUGAAAAUACUCACAUUUUUUCAGAGCUGACAGAAUUAAAAUAUUUGUAAGGCUGCUGUCAUCAACUAUAACGUGGCAUAGCAUCUCUGAAAAUCUUAUUGUCCCCACGCAGAACAAUGAGGGAGAGAGAUGCGCUUAUCUGCUCGUAGCCACAGGCUGGGACCUGUGGCAGGAUCUCCGUUUUGUUUGUCAGAGUUUACUUUAAGGGUUUUUAAUAAAGAUCUUAUGUAGAAAAAUGUUUAAAAAAAAAACUGAAAAAAAGACAAAAUCCUAAAAACAAAUUUCAUCUCAGCCUUUUAGGCAUGCAAGUGGAUCCAUUUGUCUGUUGGUCCAGACUGAAAUAUCUCUACAACUAUUGGAUGUAUUGCCAUUAAACUUAGCACAGACAUCCAGGGACCCCUAGAGAAUGAAUUCUAAAGAUUUGUUUUUCUGAUUUUCAUGUUGGUCCACGAACUGUUCAACAACACUUCAUAUCAGGAUACCUCUAAACCAAUGACAGAAAUCUCAUCAGUCUCAGCUGUACUUUGAUAUUAAUCCUAACACGUUACGCUUACAUGGUAAGUGUUAACAUACGAUGCUAACAAGUCUGACAGGGAAGAACAUGGCCUUUUCUCUGGCGCUCUUACUUCUCUCGUACAGCCAAACAUUUACCCCUUUAGUGGUAAAGAUCUAACAGCAGCAAAUGUGUCUCUACUUUCUAGUAUGGAACGAGCGUUACACCCUCAUAGGCCAUGAGUGUGGCUCCAAACUUUUAUGUUUUUGCAUCUAUGAGCCUGUCAACAUCUAAUGACAUUAGAGUGGAAAACAUACAUGACCUGCAUGAAGCCAGCUCCCUGUCGUCAUGUUUUGAAGACUUGAUGGUUGCAAUACUAGAAAUAUUACUACUAAAACAGCAUUACUGUAGAAUUAAGAAACAUCUCCAUUAGCAUCUCUGUAUUAGAAAAAUCAGCAUGAUUCUGGCUGGUUAUCACGAAAGUUUAAUCACAUGCAUGAGACCAUACAGUUCAAAGCAUCCUACAUUUACAAGCUCGUGUCAGAUUGGCUCCAGAAAGCCAGCAGUAAUACUUACAUUUAUUUACUUUAAAAACAUUUCUUCCUAUGGAAGACUAAUUGAAAGCGUGAUAGUUAAUAAAGGCAAGGCGUUGUGUAUCUCAUCAGCUCACUGUGCAUUCAAAACAUCAGUGCAACAACCUGUGCUGCAUUUGAUGGCUGCUGAUUACCUGAUGCUGAUUUAUACACUUGUAUUCAUGUAUUACACAUACAGUAGGCUACCUGCAUAGAGAGUUAAGGGCUAUAUUUUAUGUUCACUGCUCUUUCUUUGACUGAAAGUGAUGCUCCCCAAAAUCUACUCUUAAAGGGUCAAACACUCUAAACUUUUAAGGGGGCUGUGAAAAUGUGUGGUUUUUUUUCUCAAUAUAAACCUGACCGUGGAAAUUUAGUUUAAGAUAGAUCAUAAGAAUGGCAUAUUGAGCAAAUGGGUGGGCAUUCGAGUUUACACUGCAGGAAUGGACUAAGUUGUUUUUAUUUGCAUUUUGCUCGUUUUUUCAAACAUAGGAUUUGGAAAUAAUCUCGCUCCUUUCUGUUUUGUACUCCAGUAACAGUUGAGCAACACUGGAACACAGCAGUCAACUUUCCCCUUUCCUGCUAUACUUAGAUAUGUGCUAUGCUUGUCUUUUGAAAAGAAAACCAAAUUUUAAAGAUGGUUAAAUGGUGUGGCUUGGGGACAAACAUUUUAUAAACAGAACGCCAGCUAAUGUAUAGCUAAACAUCAAUAGGAGUUAAUCUAAUGUCAGAUCACAAGCGUCAGGGAAGGACACAGAUGGGUUGGUUACUGACAUAUUGUUAAGAUGACCUGAAUUAUCAUUAGCCAGAUCAAGGGUAAUGUUCUUUUAUUUAUAUUAUCUCUUUAAGGCUCCGUGCCGCCCUGACGUAACUAAUUUUCUACAGAAACAAGAGACUAACGUUAGGUCAGAACCAUGGUCUGUAUUCAGCAAAAAAUGCAUAGAGUUUAAGUUUAGAUGUAAAGAAAAGAAGCAAAAAAAAAAAUUAUGGGCUUUCACCUAAAGAAAAGAAAAGAAUAAAAUUUGAUUUAAACACACAACAUAUUGCAAAGUAAAAUAUCAGCAUAAAUACAUAAUACUCACCCAGUCAUCACAACUGUAAAGUAAUAAACAUGACAUCAUGUAAAUCAGUACUAUACAGAAACACAGCAGCCAUAUAAAGUACUUUACUGAUCGCUGAGGGAGUAAAGGAGACACAUACCCGGCAGUGCAGGAGCAAUGUUGACUGAUUGUCUUCUCCUGGUCUCUACCUCUCCCUUCCUCCUUGAGACUGGGAGCCUCAAUUUAUGUUUUUUUUGCCUUGUUCAAAAAAAUGACAUCAUGAUUAUAUCCUUCCACUGCAUACUGUAGUCCUCGCUGUCAGUUUCGUAAAGCUAUAUCAUCUGAUGCCCAGAAACAAACUAAUAAAUGCCGCAGUACUCGACAAAGCAGAACCGUUUCUUUUUGUCAAGCUUGUCCAACUUAGUAACAGUAAGAAAGGGGGAAGGGACUUGGUAUCAGUCAAUUGAUUGAAAUAAAGCUGACCACAGCAGCUUCAAAGAAAAAAAAACUUUAUAAAGCCACCAGAGAUAGCGUUUGAUCCUCAAAAGUCAGAUUUAUCGUGGAGUAUCGCUUUAAAGCAAAGACACCAACACACAUACAGCUUUUUCUCAAUGUCAGUGUAACUGUAUACUUGCCUAGCAGCCUGCCUUUCAUGAAUCUUAUGGUUUAGUAUAAACGAUUUAAAAUACUGUGUGUCCCUGAGUAUUUUCAGACUGCUGAUCAGUGGUUAUGAGACACCAUGUUAAAAGAAUGUUAAACUAAAUGUAACGUUACUCUUUCUCCUUGACAAAACUAAUUGAAAUUAUUUUCAAAACAUCUGGCAACAUCGCUGUAUUCGGUGACACUUAAUUAUGUACAGCACAUCGCAUUUAGCUUGUCCACUGAUUAUUAAUGAUUUUGUUCAUAUAGAAAAAAAAUCAGCAGAUUUUUCUUAAUAUCUGUAAUAGUGAGUCUGAAGUUGCUCAGCUCCAAAAGCCAUUGUCUAUCAAGAUGCUUUUAAUAUUACAAAUGCAUAUGAAACUUGGGAUCUAUACUGUUUUUAUGACAAGUUCAAAUGUGAGUGUAGUUUUUAGAUACUUGUUUAUUUGAUGGGCAAACUUAUGAUAUUUUGUGGGUAAAUUGUCUGCCUGACAAUUGUAGGACUUAUAGUACUGUGGAUGAAGCUGUUUAGAAAUGCCUAACAUGGCUCAAAUGGACAUUCUAGUGCCAAUUUGCAGAAAGAUUUUUGUUAUUUUGUCAGAAAUAUGGGCCACAUGGGUUUUAUGCCUCUGAAUAUUCAGUGGUAUUUUUCCUUCUUUAUAUUUACUUUCAGGGUUUCUUCUUUCUCUAGAUACUUACUAAAACUGAAUGUUGUGUAAAGAACACAAUUAAAUGCAAUGCAAUACUAAGGUUAUUGAUUCAUUUUCCAAAGACUUUUCAUCAUAUCUGUACUGAUUAUUUGAAGAAAAAAAAAAAAGAAAUGUUUAAUUUUAAUCUGUUUAGUUCCGUCAAAUCUGAUUUGACUCAGCAGACUUUGCAAGAUGAUAAUAAUAUUAAAGGUUGGAUUCUAUCUGUAUAUAUGAGAUGUACAUUUCUAGUGUGUGCAUAAAAGUCAAAAGAUUUAGUUAUAAAAAUGUAUGGUUUUUGGAUUAUCAAAGGGCUGGUGUGUCUUUUUCUACUAUUUUGGUACUGUGUUACAAUCAGUUGUCUGUCUACUUUUGAUUUGUACUGUCUGUUGGAUUUAUUUGUACUUUCACUUUCAUUAUGGAUUUGCAUUAGCUUGGAUCUUCCUUAUUUGGGCAUAAAUCCUGGGCAUUUAUUUCACAAAUUGAAUCUGUUAUUGUGAAGAAUGAUUGGAUCUAUAUUUGUUCUGUCUUGGGUAAAAGCAAUGCAACACGUCUACUCGAAAUUUGGAAGAAAAUUUGGAAGAGUCCUGAGUGGAAACAUUUGUCUCUAAAAGUAGACUUUUAAAGGGAUAGUUGCUUUUUUUGAAUGGGGUUGUAUGUAUGUGUAUCCACAGACAAUGCAUUACCUAUAGUAGAUGUCAGUCAGCACGGCCCCAUUAUUUAGGAGCAGACCAGAGUCUGACACAGAAGCUACGCAAUCUACUGCUGUAGAGGGGAAAGCAACAAAAUGCAUUUUAGUCACCUAAAAAAAGUCCCAUGUAAAAAAAAAAAAAAUCAAUAUCAGUUAAAGUACAUGCUAUAUUGAGAGUAUUUUUACUGCUUCAGCUUCAUAUCAGACAGUGAUCUCCAAUGGGAAAAUUAAGUCAUUAUAUUGUUCUCUUCAGUGACAGACUCUAUUGAAAAACAGUGAUUUAAUAUUGUUAAACACAGGAGCUGCUGGUCUGUUGCUGCCUCCAUCAGUUGUUUUGUUUGUGCUAUUGUGCGACUUUGGCAUUAUAAAGGGUUAGUUCCGGUUUAUUAAGUCACACAAUAAUACAAACUUAACACCUGAUGCAAGCAGGGGAAGACGAGCAGCUCCUGUGUUCAGCAUGUUACAUUUACUGUUUUUGUCAGUGGAGUCUGGUAGCUGUAAAGGAAGCAUAGAUUGGAAUCUAAAGCCGUCAACAGCCUCCUUAUCACAAUGGGCCGUCUGACAGAAGGGUAAAGCGGUGAAAAUACUCUCAAUGUAGUAUACACUAAAACUGAUAUUGAUUUUUUUUUUUUUUUUUUUUUUGGUGGGACUUUUUUUAGGUAGCUAAAAUAGCUCAAGUUACUGACCUCCAUCCAGGGCAGACCAUUGUUUGGCUUCUGUGUUUGACUCAAGCCUGCUUCUCCAAACUUGUGGUGAGCCAACUGACAUUUACUGUUUGUAAUACACUUGGUAUAUAUUAGAGCCUCAUACAAAACUACUUCAAAAACUCCAAAAUAUCCCUUUAAGCUUUUUUUUUCCUGCUUUGCUUUGCUUUUGUCUCAGUGCUUUGUGUAAUAUAUAGGACCUGACACAAGAAGGGAAUUCUGCUGUUGUUGAAUAUUUGGCACCUCCUCACGAAUUCAUAAUUAGAGCAACAUCAGACAAUCUUGUUUUUUUUUCUGUUCAAUCAUCCAAUGUAGAUAUUUUACUUUGUUUGUCUGGAACUUUUAAAAAGAUAAUUUACAUCUGUGUAAAAUUAAAAAUGUAAUUGGCAAAAAGAAUGUGCAUUGCUGCUCGAUAUCAGCGAUCUAUUGUGACUAUAUUGCUGCUAGGGCAAAAUGAUUCAGCUGUGUCAUAACUGUGCACCUUGAUGCAGAAAAUUAAUCAAUUUGAUGACGUGCAAAGUGUAAAUACUACUAUUGCUUGUCUUCUGUGCUACAGAUUUGCCUUUUAUUCUGACACAGUUAUGUCAAAACAAUGGCUUUUAUGCUGAAACCUCUAUGCUCUUAUACAGGUACAACAUAUACCGACUGUUGACAGUUAUCAUUGGCCUCUUAUUCACAUCAUGUAUUUUAAACAAACUAUGGAAUGGCAUUUAGAUUGAGUCAGCCACUGAGGUAAUGAAGCCUCAUGUGGAUGUUGUUUCCUCAGGGAAAUGUGUCUAUUUGUAAUGAAUAAAGAAAAUAAUAAAAGUUGAUAUCCAAACUGAAUUAAAAUAUAUAGUUGGUGAGACUUUUUAUUACAGUCCACCUGUGCUGUAUGUCAGCUCUUUCAGUACAGUUUAUUUGGUGGGCUUUUUAUUUGCAGCUCCCACACCUCAGCAAGAGGCUCAUCUAGGGUCUUUGUCUUAUUUUUAUUGGCAGAGAUGUACUUUUUUUUUGGGAAAAUUUUUGUACUUAAUUUAUUUUAAUUUAUUUUUAUUUUUUUCUCCCUAAGGAUUGUAUUUCAGAUUUAUCUUUUUCUUUCUUUUCAAUAAAUGUUCUUAAAACAGCA